AUGGGCGAUUCCGACCAUGAGAAGGCACUCGCGCCACAACAGUCAGUUGACAUGACCAAAGGAGAUGCUUCGAGUAUCGAUGAAGAUGCCCUCAAGCUGGCAGAGAUGGGCUACACACAAGACAUGAAGCGAAACUUUAGCGUGCUGUCGGUCCUUGCCGUUGGCUUCUCACUUACGAAUACCUGGUUCGGAAUCUCCGCGGCUCUCGUCACCGGAAUCAACUCAGGAGGACCGCUUCUCGUCAUCUAUGGUGUCAUCAUCAUUUUCGUGGUGUCGAUAUCCGUCGGCGUUACUCUGAGCGAGCUGGCUAGUGCCAUGCCCAACGCGGGCGGGCAGUACUUUUGGGCAAACGAAUUGGCGCCGAAGAGAUAUGCAAACCUCGCGAGCUACCUCACGGGAUGGUUUGCUUGGGCGGGUGCAAUGUUCACCAGCGCGAGCGUGGCUUUGGCCGCUGGUAGUGCGAUAGUUGGGUCGUACCAGCUCACCCAUCCAGAUCUUGUCAUCGAUAGGUGGAUGGUGUUCGUUGCAUACCAACUCGUCAACAUUUUCUGUUUCUUCUUCAACUGCUACGGCAAGACACUCCCCAGAGUCGCCAAAGUGGCCCUUUAUACCACCUUAGUAUCUUGGUUCAUCACCAUGGUCACCGUCCCGGCAAUCGCGCCGACCCACCAGCACGCAAAGUUCGUCUUUGCCACCUUCAUUAACAAUACUGGAUGGCAAGAAGGCGGGAUCGCGUUCAUUGUCGGCAUGGUAAACGUAAAUUGGGGCUUUGCUUGUCUCGACUGCGCUACCCACCUUGCCGAGGAAGUCCACCGACCUGAAAAGAUGGUGCCUAUUGCCAUCAUGGGAACCGUCGGAAUUGGUUUCGUCACUGGCUGGUUUUGGAGCGUGGCAAUGUUCUUCUCCAUUGUCGGCGAUUUCCAGGAGAUUGUUGCCACUUCGACCGGGGUGCCGAUUCUUGAACUAUUUUACCGAGCGAUAGGAAACAAGGGCGGCGCAAUAUGUCUCGAGGCUAUGAUCAUAGCCACAGCUUUCGGAUGCCUGAUCGCCUGCCAUACAUGGCAGAGCAGGCUGUGCUGGAGUUUUGCAAGGGACAGGGGCAUUCCGGGCCACCGAUGGCUCGGCAAAGUGCAUCAGGGCUUAGACGUACCCGUUUAUGCGCAUUUCGUGUCCUGUGUUAUUGUGGCCAUCAUCGGCUGUCUUUACCUUGCUUCUCUGACGGCUUUCAACUCGAUGAUUACUGCCUGCAUCGUUCUUCUCUACAUCUCGUACGCGAUUCCUGUGGUCUGCUUACUUGCACGCGGUCGCUCAACAAUCAAGCACGGCCCGUUCUGGCUCGGUCCCUUCGGAAUGUUCUCCAACUUUGUACUUCUUGCCUGGACUCUCUUCACACUCAUCAUGUACUCCUUCCCUUACGUCCAGCCUGUGGAGGCAGGUACGAUGAACUAUGUCAGUGCAGUGUACGCCGUGGUAGUCAUCAUCAUUGCAGUGGACUGGUUCGUUCGAGGUCGGAAGAGUUUCAGGGGUGCGGGCGAAAGAAAAAACGAUGUCGACCACGUCGUGGAAGUCGUCAGUGGAAGGCGAGUGAGUUCGGCGAGCUAGUGUGCGACCUGCUAAUGGUCUGAGAAUGGCUACAUAUGGUAUAUAGUGAGCAGUUGGCUGAUCCGAUUUCGCUAUCAGUAGUGUGUGUAUGC